AUGUCUUCCUAUCUCGAACAGCUAUUCUCCCUCGACGGCUCUCUCGCCAUCCUAACUGGUGGCACCCGCGGCAUUGGCCAAGCCAUGGCCCUCGCCCUAGCUAACGCAGGCGCCGACGUGAUCCUCAUUCAGCGCAACUCAGAAAACCUCUCCACCAAGACCCAAAUCGAGUCCCUCGGCCGUAAGGCCUUCGUCUAUACGGUCGACCUCGCCAACCAGCAAGAAGUGGAGGACUUGACAAAGCGCAUCCUAUCCGACGGCCACGACCCGGAUAUCCUCGUUACUUGCGCCGGCAUCCAGCGGCGCCACCCUGCUCACGUGUUUCCCUUGAGCGACUGGGACGACGUCCUGCAGGUCAACCUGCGGACCGUAUUCACGCUCUGCCGCGACGUAGGAGCUUACCUUCUAACUCGGAAUCCGGACAAAGCAACGGGCAGGCGCGGCGCCAUUAUAAACGUCGCCUCGCUAGUUUCCUUCCAGGGUGGUAUCACAGUACCGGCGUACGCAGCGGCCAAGGGCGGGAUAGCGCAACUUACCAAGGCACUGUCGAAUGAGUGGUCGGGGAAGGGUAUCAAUGUCAAUGCGAUUGCGCCGGGGUAUGUGGCGACGGAUAUGAAUGAGGCUCUGCUGAGGGAUGAGCAGAGAGCGAAGGGGAUAUUGGAGAGGAUUCCCGCGGGGAGGUGGGGAAUGCGGGGGGAUUUUGAGGGGGCGACGGUGUUUCUGGCUGGGAGGGGGUGUCGGUAUGUGAGUGGGGAAGUUUUGACGGUUGAUGGGGGAUGGAUGGGAAGGUAG